AUGUCGCUCCGCCGCAAAGCCGCCGCGUCGGCGUCCACCAGCACGCCAACGCCACGCGUGGCCGACCCCUCUGACGAGGUUGAGGAAGAGUACACAGGGCCACGCACCCGCUCCGGCGCGCGCCGCCGUCACACACCGCAGGCCUCGUCGCAGAAGACUACCCAAGACUCAUCCUCCUCCGACGCCGAGAAUACGCCCGGCAAGCGCAAGUCGCGCACGCGCAGCCGGUCGCCCGUCGACGGCAACAAGCUCGCCGCCAUGACGCCGCGCAUCGCCGAACCCACGACAUCGACCACGCCGCCCAACGGCCACCACAAGCUGCCCGCGACGGCAACGACGGACGGCCCCGCGCAAAUCAACGGGAGCUUCCUCGCGCCACCGACGGCCGGGGGGUGGAACUGGCGCGACCUGAGCCGCAGCCCGAGCCCGCUGGGGCUGAUCCCGAUCCACCGUCACUUCAAGACGUUUGUGCACAAGCACGAGGUACCGCGCAAGGCGCUGCACGUGUCCAUCGGCUUCGUCGUCGUCUGGCUGUACACGACGGGCACGCGGACGAGCUCGGUGCCACCGUACCUGAUGGCCGCGCUGGUGCCCAUCGCGGCGACGGACGCGCUGCGGCACCGCUUCGCGUCCAUCAACCGGCUGUACGUGCGCGCGCUGGGCGCGCUGAUGCGCGAGAGCGAGUACGCCGGCUACAACGGCGUCAUCUGGUACCUGCUCGGCGCGUGGACCGUGCUGUACGCGCUGCCCAAGGACGUCGGCGUCGUCAGCGUGCUGCUGCUCAGCUGGUGCGACACGGCCGCCAGCACGUUCGGCCGCCUCUGGGGCCGCCACACGCCGCGCCUGCGCCGCGGAAAGUCCCUGGCGGGAUCGCUGGCGGCGCUCGCCGUCGGCGUGGCCACCUCGACAUUCUUCUACGGCUGGCUCGUGCCGACCGUUGGGCCGAUGCCCGGCGACGAGGACUUCAUGUUCAAGGGCACCUUGGCGCUGCCCGCCGCGCUCGUUGGCGGCGAGGAGAACCGCGAGGCGUGGUCCGUCACGGGAACGGUCGCGCUGGGCGUCAUGUCGCUUGUCUCGGGCGUGGUCGCCUCGGUGAGCGAGGUGGUGGACAUUUUCGGCUGGGACGACAACCUGACGAUUCCUGUCCUCAGCGGCCUAGGCAUCUAUGGGUUCCUCAAGGUGUUUGGUUAG